CCGAGUGCAGCUGUUUGUUGAUAUAGACAGAAGACAGUGAAGGUAUACCUGCUUAGUGAUUUCAUCCAUCUCUUUCUGUCUCUGUCGUCUCUCAUGUCUACAAGAUACACACCAAUGGCAAUGGCGAACAACCAGUACCAGAAGCCUCACGCCGUCAUCUUUCCCCUCCCUCUUCAAGGCCAUGUAAUCCCCUCCGUCCGUCUAGCCUUGAAGCUUGCAUCAAACGGCUUCACCAUCACCUUCGUCAACACUCUAUCAAUUCACCACCGUAUCAGAAAAUCCCAGCCCAGUAGCGCUGACAAUAACAUCUUCACCGGAGCAGCUAAAUCUGGUCUGGACAUACGUUACAUGACCAUCAGCGAUGGUUUUCCACUUGGGUUCGACCGUUCCCUCAACCAUGACCAGUUCAUGGAGGGUCUUUUACAUGUCUUCUCGUCCCACGUCGAUGAGCUUGUCGGAAAAGUGGUUCACUGCGACCCUCCGGUCACUUGCUUGAUUGCAGACACUUUUUUCGUUUGGUCAUCAAUGAUUGCCGACAAGUACAACCUCGUUAAUGUUUCUUUCUGGACUCAACCAGCUUUGGUUCUUACUCUCUGCUAUCACUUGGACCUCCUUAGACAAAAUGGUCACUUUGCUUCUCAAGAUAAUCGUAAGGAUACCAUCGACUACAUACCUGGUGUGAGGGCCAUCGAACCAAAGGACGUGAUAUAUUUUCUUCAAGCAACAGCCGAUAACGUAUCGAAGGUGGCGCACCGUAUCGCAUACAAGGCAUUUGAUGAUGUAAAAAGAGCGGACUUUAUUGUUUGUAACACUGUCCAAGAGCUUGAAUCCGAGACCAUCUUAGCCUUGCAACAAAAGCAGCCAAUAUAUGCAAUCGGACCUGUUUUCCCAAUUGGGUUAGCCACGACCGUUGUGCCUACUAGCCUUUGGUCCGAGUCGGACUGCACCCAGUGGCUCCACACCAGGUCACAUGGAUCAGCGUUGUACAUCUCGUUUGGUAGUUGUGCUCAUGUUAGUAAACAAGAUGUUGUAGAGAUAGCCUAUGGGGUUGUACUUAGUGGAGUGAGCUUUAUUUGGGUGCUUCGCCCUGAUGUUGUGAAAUCUGAUGAAGCUGAUUUUCUGCCCACUGGAUUUGAAGAUGAGAUCAAAGGUAAAGGGUUGAUCGUGCCAUGGUGCCAUCAAAUGGCUGUGAUCUCACACCCAACAAUCGGAGGGUUCUUAAGUCACUGUGGAUGGAAUUCAAUAUUAGAAAGCAUAUGUUGUGGUGUUCCAUUGCUGUGUUUCCCUUUGCAGAGUGAUCAAUUCACUAAUAGAAAAUUGGUGGUGGAUGAUUGGAGGAUCGGACUUAAUCUUUGUGACAAGAAGCCAAUCACACGGCAGGAAGUUGCAGACAAAAUUAAAGGUCUUAUGAAUGGAGAUCAAUUGGGUGAUGAAUUGAGGAAGAAUAUGAAGGAGUUCAAAAGGAUAGUAGAGAAUGCAUUGAGCAUCGAUGGAUCAUCUGAAAAGAAUUUCAAUCAAUUCAUCAAUGACCUGAAAUUGAAAUUACAAAGAAAGUCGGGGUGACAUGAGGGAACACAACCAUCCAUUUUCUUGCAGUUGCGGCCUAUGUGGGUUGUUCUUUCUCUUGGUAUUGUUUGUACAAAUUUGUCGAAAUUAAUUAUGUUGU